GUGCCAUAUUUUAGACUACCAACUUUGAUAAAAAAGAUAAAAUAAUGAUGCAAUCAAAAUCCAUCCAUUUCAUUAGAACUGUUCCUAUAGUUUUAUUACAAAUGUAGGUUUGCUAAUCUUUAAUAAAUAUCAGGAUAAAAUUCUAAUUUACCAAAUAAACAUGUUUUUGAACAAUUUACUAAACAAAAUUCUUAAAAAUGAAUGAAAUUAUUAAUAAAAUUAUCAUAUUUCAGAUAAAAUUGAAAUGGGACUGAAAAAGGAAGUUAAUGCACCACUAAUUGUGGUAUCGAAUCGUUUACCAUUUGUUCUGAAUAGAAGGGACGAUGGAACAUUGGAGCGCAAAGCCAGCGCUGGCGGUUUAGUCACAGCGGUAGCACCGGUAGUGAUUGAAUGUAAAGGAUUAUGGAUAGGGUGGUCUGGUAUUUUUGGUCUCACGCCUGAUACCAAGAUUCCUGAAGCAGAUCCUGAAGAUAAGGCACCGACAGCAGGUUUAUUAUCAAGCCAGGUGGUUCCAGUCAGUAUCGAAGAAAAGAUGUUCGAAAGAUAUUACAAUGGAUGCUGCAAUGGGACUCUAUGGCCACUAUUCCAUUCAAUGCCUGAUAGAGCAGUAUUCAAGGCUGAUACUUGGAAGGCCUAUAGCAAGGUAAACGAAGACUUUGCUAAAUGUACUCUUCAAGCAUUGAGAAAAACCACACAAGAUCUUGAUUCGCAAGGUAAAUCCAAUGUAUCUCCAGUUAUCUGGAUUCAUGAUUAUCAGCUGUUUACAGCUGCUACUACAAUAAGACAGGUUUGUGAUGAAGAAAACCUCAGGUGCAAACUAGGAUUUUUUCUUCACAUUCCCUUUCCAUCCUGGGACAUAAUGAGGCUUUUCCCAUGGGAUGAUGUGAUACUUCAAGGCAUUUUAGCGUGUGACUUUGUUGGGUUUCACAUAGAAGACUACUGCCUGAAUUUUAUCGAUUGCUGCAGCAGGCGAUUAGGAUGCAGAGUUGAUAGGAACAAAAUGUUGGUUGAACUAGCAGGAAGAACAGUGCAUAUAAAAGCACUUCCCAUAGGUAUCCCAUUUGACAGGUUCGUUCAGCUAGCCGAGUCUGCGCCAGUGUAUCUCAAAGACACGGACAAAGUAAAAGUGAUUCUUGGUGUUGACAGGCUGGAUUAUACAAAAGGACUUGUACACAGAAUCCUAGCAUAUGAACGUUUAUUGGAGAAAUAUCCAGAACAUAUGGAAACAAUUUAUCUCCUUCAGAUAUCUGUUCCUUCCAGAACAAAUGUGAAAGAAUAUAAACAACUGAAGGAAGAAAUUGACCAACUAAUCGGAAGAAUAAAUGGUCGAUUUUCCAGACCCAACUGGUCUCCAAUAAGAUACAUUUAUGGAUGCCUAAGUCAAGAGCAAUUGGCAGCAAUUUAUAGAGAUUCUUCAAUAGCUUUAGUCACACCAUUGCGAGAUGGUAUGAAUCUAGUAGCCAAAGAAUACGUUGCUUGCCAAAUUAAAGACCCAGGAGUUCUGAUUCUAUCACCUUUUGCUGGAGCAGGAGGAAUGAUGCAUGAAGCUUUGUUAGUCAAUCCCUAUGAGAUUGAUGAUGCAGCAGAUACCUUGCAUAGGGCAUUGCAAAUGCCUUUGGAUGAAAGGGAAGUGAGAAUGAAACAGCUGAGGCAUCGGGAACAACAGCUGAACGUGAACCAUUGGAUGAAGUCGUUUCUAGCGGCAAUAGGUGCCCUAGUCAGUGACGAAAAUCAAGAUCCCCUUACCAUGACUAUGCUUCCACUCUCUUUAGAUGAUUUCGAUCAUUAUCUAUCUAUUGAUAGGAGUUGUAAGCUCAGCUUAAUUUUGGACUAUGAUGGUACUUUGGUACAAUUAGCAUCUCAUCCAGACCUGGCAGUCCUGCCUGAAGAAACUAAGAGGGUACUCGAAAGAUUGGCAAACAUGCCUGAUGUAAAUAUUGCAGUAAUUUCAGGUAGAAGUCUUGAAAACGUAAUCCAUAUGGUAGGAAUUGAGAGCAUUACAUAUGCUGGAAGUCACGGUUUAGAAAUAUUACAUCCAGAUGGUACUAAAUUUAUACAUCCAGUACCUAAUGAAUAUGCAGAAAAAUUAAGAGAGCUCAUGAGAUUGCUACAAGAUGAAGUGUGUCAUGAUGGUGCAUGGGUAGAAAACAAAGGUGUUUUGUUAACUUUUCACUAUCGUGAAACACCACUUUCUCUAAGAGAUCACAUUGUGGAAAGAGCGAGUGAAAUUUUCCAUACAGCAGGUUUCCAACCGCAUUAUGCACAUAUGGCAAUAGAAGCAAAGCCUCCUGUAACAUGGGACCAAGGAAGAGCUUCAAUCCAUAUUUUAAGAACGAUGUAUGGAGUAGAUUGGUCAGAGAGAGUAAGAAUUAUUUAUGCAGGAUGUGAAGACGCAAUGAUGGCAUUACAAGGUAUAGCUUGCACAUUCCGUGUAGACUCAUCCCCAACAGUAAGAACAGCAGCUGAUUUUCGACUGGCUGGACCUGACGAAGUACUAACCAUGUUGAGAUGGGUUGAAAAACAAAUGAACAAGAGAUCACCACGAUUAGUAGUUUCCCCUCGUCUUACCAGGUCACCAAAAAUACAGAAAAAACCAACACGAGAUAGUAUACAUUCCCAAAUGAGUUUUGAAGAUGAUGACGACAAAAUGACCUACCUAGGAAGAAAUGGCAAACCCAAGUCUUCAACUCUAAGUAUGGUUAGGUAGUACCAUUAAUCAUCGUAAAACUUAUUGCAGUCUCAUUUUGUACAUAAAAAAAAUUAUCAUUAUAAAUAUUUUAACCGAAAGGUUUUAAUAAUAUAUAAAACUUGGGAUAAUCUGAGGAUGUUUUCAAACAAGUUCUAGUCUUAAGAAUAAUUUUAAGUUGUAAACUGACUGAGUCCAUCAACAUUAAGAACAGUAAACUACGUACCAUCAGUCUCAAUGUGAAACUGCUUAAGUACAAAAUGGUUUAGAUUUAUUUCAUUGUUUUAUUUUUGCUAUAAAUUUUAUAGCAUAAACAUCAAUUGUUAUUUUUUUCUACUCAAUAGGAAAUCACUUGAUAAUUAUUAUUAUUAAAAAUAUAUCUAUAUCAGAAUGAUAAUAAUUUCAUAUUUUUCAAACACUUUUUUAUAUGUUACGAAAAGUUGUGAUUUGACACAUACAUAGUUUUACAUGGAGACUAAAGAUAUCAUAUUAAAUUAUCUCUAUUUUUAAGCAAUAAUUGUAGAAGUUAUUAACUAUCUGAAUAUUUAAUACCAAAGAAUUCUAAUAAUCUCAACAGAAAAAAAAAAAAUUAUUCCACUUACUCACUUUUAAUGUAAUAAAUUAUUAUUAAAUAUUUUUAUAUUUAGUCUAAUUAAAAAAAAAGUUGCAAAAAAGCUAGAUGAUUUAUUUUUAAUCUAAUUUUUAAACAAGAUCAACAAAUUUUAGAACGUUCUUUGUUCCUUCAAACAAUUUGUAAAUAAAUAAGACCGAUAUGUAAAAAAAAAAAAUUAUUAUGUAAAACAAAAUUAUACAUAUCUAUAUUUGAUUUAUUGAACUACUCAAUUUAUAAGGUUUAUAAAUUGUAAACAAAUAUAAAAACUGUUAAAACAGAAAGUUUCAGUAACUGGUUGAAGCAAUUAUUGAAAUAUAUAUAUUUAUUUAACAGUAUUUAAUAUAAAUUAAAUUUAACUUAAGAAAUUUUUUAAAAAUAAAUAAAAGGUUUUUUUUGUAAUUAUUCUUUACAUUAAAUAUAUAUUUAUGAAAUGUUAGCUUUAAAUUAUUAAUAACUAAAAUAUUUUAGUUUAUUGUUAUUUUUUUUGUAUGUAUUUUUAUGUUACCAAUAUUGAAAAAAAAAUGACUUUAUAUUUAAUUAGAACAAAAUUGAAUAUUAUUUCCUUAAUUCAAUCUUAUCUAAAUAAAUUUAAUACAUUAAAAAAACACAACACAUACUUAAACAUCAAAAAAUAUGAAAAAGGCUAUAUUGUAAAUAAGAAACUUUUUCUGAAAAUCUGUGGUAUAGAGGAAGCAAAUUAUAUGGCAUAUUGCCCUCUAGAAUGAUUUUUUGGGAUCCUGUCACAUUAUUCUUGUGAUCACUGUUAAUUAUUCUUUAAGUAUAACCCAUGCUAAGAGGAAUAUGUGGUCGGUUCAUCUCAGAUCUUUCCCUAGCCACGGUCCUGUUUUUCUCAUAAAAUCUCCUGAACAAUCCCAAACAUGUUCCAUUGAGUUAAUAACUGGUGAUUGAGGAAUUUCAUAAUACAUUUUUGCAUACACCUAGAUAAAAUACAUUAUUAUUUCACGCUGAUUGAAGACAGACAAAACUGUAACUUUCAUUGAUUACCAUUCACUUUUUAAUGAGUCACUAUUAAAUGAAAAUUAUUUCACUUUAUUAUAUAGAUUAUUUUUUCAAAGAAUUUAGUUUUACAUAAUUCUGAAUAAAAAAAUUAAAUAUGUUGUUUGACAAAAGAAAUAAAAAUAUUACAUAAGAUAAUAUUAUAUAAUAAGUCUAAGGGCCUAAAAAUUAUGACAUUUGCGUUUCACUUAUAAAAAUUGAAUGUACACCUUUUAAUUAAUUUGUUUCUAUUUUGAAAGUAGAGUGAGUGUGAUCAGAUAUAUUUUCAUCACAUUCAAUAAACUAAAUAUUCUAUAAAAUUUCUUUACUUAUAAAAAAAAUAAAUAAUAAAACUGAAGUUGGUAAUUAAAUAAAAAUGUAAUUAAUUUUAUUAAGGUAACAUUAUUUUGUUUGAAA